AUUUUAUCAGUAUUUUGACGAUUAGUUGUCUAUAUAAACGCAAGAUAAGAAAUUUAAGAUAUCGUUAGAAUUAUUUUAACCGUGUAAAGUAUAACAUCUAAAUUGUAUCAUGCGUAAUUUAAUAAUUUUGGUGAUGAUAUCAAUUGCAAUCUCAAAAAUCUUAGCAGAUCCAUCAGAUUGCAUUGGAAAUUGCUUUGACGUUCAAGUACCAUAUAUUCCACACAAGUUAUGCACAAAAUUUUGUGUGUGCGAUCAUGGACAGCCUAUUGAAAUGUCAUGCCCAGCAAACCUUCAUUUUUCCCCGGAAAAUCAUGUCUGUAUGAAUCCCGCAGAGGCUGAUUGUCAAGGAGAAACAUCUUUUGUUAAAAGCAAUAAAAAAAUUAAUAAUAAUAGUAAUAUUCACAAUGAUAAUAAUAAUUAUAUUUUAAAUAAUAGCAACAAUACGAGAAUCAUCCCUUCAGAAUCUUCAUGCCUUGGAGAAUGUGGCGCCUCAAUAAAUUAUUUAGUUCAUAAAGAAGCUGACAAAUUUUGUCUGUGUUACUAUGGCUUUCUAAUAAUAAUCAAGUGUCAAUCUGGAGCUAAGUUUGUGCCAGAAUUAAACAACUGCAUGAACGAAACUGACUUAAAAAAGCACGAUGUCAGAAAGGCCAAAUGUAUCGGUGCGUGCCCGGCAAAUAUGCAGCCAGACGUCAUUUACCUGAUUCCCCAAGAAAAUUGUAACAAAUAUUGCUUAUGUAUUUUAGAUUUUGAUAUAAUUAUUCAUACCUGUCCACAUAAUAUGCUAUUCAGUUGGCCAGAGAAAAAAUGCGUCGAUGCGAAACUCGCAAAGUGUGCAAAUCCUAAUUAUAGAAUGAAAAAUUUUCAAUUGAGUUUCUACUUUACAGCAAUUUUGGCAAUUGCUGCAAUAGUUAUUACAAAAGUAUCAGCAGAUUCAUCAGAUUGCAUCGGAAGCUGUUCAAGUAGUCAUAUUCCGUACUUACCUCACAAACUUUGCACCAAAUUUUGUAUGUGCAGCCAAGGAUCGCCUAUUGAAGUAUUUUGUCCUCCAGGACUCUAUUUCUCUCCGCAACAAUAUGUAUGUGUAAAUCCCGAAGACGCUCAUUGUCAAAGAUCCUUACCGAGCAUCAAAAACAGUGGUUGUUUAGGAGAGUGUCCACCUGCAAGUGCAGAUUUCAAUCAGAUUGCUUUAUUAGCUCAUGAAAAAUGUGAUUUAUACUGUCAGUGUACUCAAGAAGGCAUACCGUUGGUUGAAAGUUGUGCUGAUGGUCUUCAUUUCAAUAUCGAUUACGCUACUUGUUUGGAACCGGAAUUGGCUAACUGCGCUUCUUCAUUGUCUUAA